CCCUGAACAAAACAGGUCCUUAGUUUCAUAGCGUAGCGGGAAACUGGAACGAAAAAGGAAAAAAAAACGCCUCGACCUUUUCAAGACCCUAGAAAUCUAAAAAUUCCGAAGUUCUUCUUCGUCAACAACAAAAUCCCUCCGAAACCCCAAAUUGAAGAAAUUGUAAGAAAACAGUGUUGAGUCAGUUGCCCGUACAAAGCCGGAUUAUCUUCCACCACCAUAGAUUCAACAAAGAAGUACAGUACAGCUCUACAGGAGGAAUUUACAUAGACUCGGUGGUGUUGGCUUUCUCGGCUUGUCCUAUUUGUGACGUUACAGUGCCUUCAACUGGGCUUGAAACGCAUGCAAACAAUCAUUUUGAGGAGGAAGAGAAACUUGCAAAGGACAUGAAGUUGUCUCAACAACUUGCGAGGGAGGACAUGGAGUUGGCUCAAAAAAUUGCCCUUGGACCAACUAGACCUCCUAAUACACGAAUGACCCAUUCCACUCGAAUGAAAGGCACCGGAGCAUCAAAAACACUUGUUGCCAUGAACCUAUCAUCUUCCACUUCUAAGUCUGAUGUGAUCAAGUUCUUUAAAUGGCCUGGGGAUGUUGUUGAUGUGCGUUUCUCUUAUUAUCCUAGUGGAGAAUUCAGGGGUGUAUGCCAUAUUGAGUUUGCAACUGAAGAAGCUGCAAAGAAGGCAAUGAAGCUGAAUGACAAAUAUUUGUUGGGCAGUAAGGUAAAACUUGGAUUUUCUCGUGAAUCCAUUUUUGUUCGAAGUUUCGAUACUUCUUCUGGAAUCAACGAGAUCCGGAGCUCCCUAAAAGAGCAUUUCUCAUCUUGCGGAGAGAUCUUAUGGAUGCACAUUCCAAAAUUUCAUGACAUUGGUGUUGCUCACGGGAUUGCUUUCAUUGAGUUUUACCACCUCUAUGCUUUCCCAAAAGCACUUGCGAUGAAUGGGCAUAAACUUGGUGAUUAUCCCUUGACAAUUGAAGAUGCGACACCAUUAAACCUUAAUGUUACAGGAACGGGUGGUAGAGCUGUAUCAUCUGGAGGACGUUUUGGUCCUUAUAUGGUGGCCCAACUUAUAUUCAUAGGUUCUUACUGCGAUCUGAUAGAGGUUAUGGUGGUGCUGGCUUAGGAAGUGUUGGAAGCCCCUAUCGUCAUCCUUCAGGAAAAAAAAUCAAAUUUGAUUAUGAUGAACUUGAAGGUGAAGAAACUGCGCAGGGUGCGUGCACUCAAUCCACUGUCUAAUUUAUGGUUAACCUAUUUGUAGGGUAUCUUCAGGAAGCUGUAUAAUUCAUUUUAGUAGUUCGAAUUUAUUAUGAAAUACUCAAAGCAUAUAAAUUAUAUGCUCGACAUACAGGUUCAGUUGAAGAGAAACUUCGAGUUUUGGGCUUGGCAAUGAAACUUAGAUGACAGGCUUAUGUAAUUAGCUUUUUUAUCUUUUAGCUUCUCAA